AUGUCGGUAGUUGGAUCUUUAAUAUUUUGUAACUAUUGUGGUAAUUUGCUAGAUUCUCACAGCUCCUCAUCUGAUAUAAAAUGUACUGUCUGCUCAGCAGCUUAUCCCAAAUCAAAAUUUGCUAAUUUAAAAGUCGUGACGAAAUCAUCAGACGAUGCCUUCCCAUCCAAAUUAAAGCUGGCCAGGUCUGUUGUGAAAACUUCUUUAAAGAAGGAUGAGCUAGACGAAGGUGCAACAAUCAAAGAAAAAUGCCCUAAAUGUGGGAACGAAGAAAUGCAAUAUCAUACUUUACAAUUAAGAUCUGCAGAUGAGGGUGCUACUGUGUUUUACACAUGUACCAACUGUGGGUACCGUUUCAGAACUAACAAUUAG